AUGCGACAGAGGCCCUACGCCCAUUUGCAACUCAUUUUCCUUGAGCAAGAAGAAACAAUGCACAAACGUAUGACGCCAUAUUUCAACUCAAACUCGGUGAAAAAAAUGAAAUUUUUUUCAAAUUUUUUUGAAACAGUCGCUUCAGAUAGGACUUCUGAUGGCUUUUGGUUUAAUACAAUAAUCGGAGAAAUAUUUUUUUGAGUACUUUCCAAAAAUCUCACAAAAAUUGAGCUCAACUCAAAAUUUUCAUAGUUACACCUGGAAGAAGAAUGCUUCAGGUACAUUUCUAAUUUGUUUUCUGUCCCUAAGAUUGAGAAUUAAAGUUAGGUCAUUUCAACUUGAAGAAAAAAGGUUAUUGAUCCCUAAAAAAGGCUGAAAUCUACUGAACUUCUCACUCUGAAGAGAUUGAUACGAGAACCCAAAAAACUGAAGUCUGAAGAGGAACAGCUCCGUUUUUAUCUUUAAAAUUCAAUAUGGUCUCGAGAGAUCAAAAAAUAGCAAAGAGCAAACAGAAUCCUAUUUGACAAUGUGCUAAAUUAGGCAACAAAAGCUCGAAAAUAGCGAGAGAAGGCGUAGAAAUCUCGGAGAAGCGCCAGAAUGACAACAAACGUCAUCAUCGACAAGAUGGUGCCAAGAUUGUGUGGUUGGCCAUCGCUGCCAGCCAGCCGAAAACGCGCUUCGAAAUGCUCUAA